CAAAUAUAUUAAAAUGGAAACCCGGAACAAAGGUUCCUCCCGAAGGAGUCCACUAGAAUCGAUACCACUCAUUGAGGAAGUGGUAGUAAAGCUAGAACCGGACGAGUGUGCCACUCUCCUACCGGAAAGCGAUGACGAACCUCUGAUGCGUAGAAGCCCUCUCUCUUAUUUCAGAAAACGUAGCUCCCCGGCACCGAAAUCGCGUAGUCGUCAUAGGACAUCUCGACAUGUGCAAGUCGAUCCGGACGAUCUUGAUAGACAUUUGGGCAAAAAGGGCAACUGGGAGCUGGAACGCGAAGAUGAGCCCCUCUUUCUUCCGGGUAACGCUGUGGUGGAUUCACAGUGCCGAUGUUGUUUGCGCAAGCUAGACAAAAGUCACUUGUUGCUUAUCGAGCGAUCGCUCAAGACCAAGAUGCGUUUAGUAUUCAAAGUGAGAGUUCAUCCGUACGAUUCGUAUCCCUUCGUUUGCGUCAAUUGUACCAACUUGAUACAUGCUUUAGCGGAUUUCCGAGAAGCAUUAGUCAAAUCGAAGAUACUACUGAAGCAGGAACAGGCUGUUUUGAAUGACGACAGUUGGAUAUCGCCGGAGCACUUGGCAUCAGUAGCCAUGUGUCGGAAAUUGGUCGACCAACACCGGAAACAUGUCGAAGCGAUCUACGAAGAUUACCAAAUGCGGUUGCGAGCUGCUGAUGACCAGGAGAUAAAGGAAACUCAAGAGACUGAACAAACUGUUAGUAAAGAAGAAAAGGUCAAAAUUGCAGAAGACAUUCAAACUGCAGAACAAACAACUGACAUUCAAGAGGAAAAGGUUGAAGAAACUUUGUCCGGCAAAAAUUCAAUCGCAUCUGAACCAUGUUCUCCACUAAAUAUCAAAGAAUCCUCCGAUUACGAUGACAAUGAUGAGGAUAAUUCCAAUGAUGAAGACUCAGAAGAUGAAGAUUAUGAACCACCCGAAGAGAAACAAUUUAGCAAAACUGUCUUCUCGAACAUUAAAUUGAAAACAAACGAAGCUACCGACUAUAAUUGUGAAUCUCAACAAGAAUCUAUAGAAGUGAUAAUGAAACGAAAAAGGGGCAGACCAAGAAAGGAUGGCAGCCUGAGCGCGCCUAAGCCACAAACUCAAAAGAAAGUAAAAAAGCACAAAAAUCCUCGCUUACCGAAACCUAAACCUGAACCGCUGGAUAAAUCGGCGAGACACGCUCUGUGUCCCAUAUGCGGAAAAAGUGUUCACAUUACAGCUAAAGAGGCCCACAUGAAUCAGCACAGCGGAGUACAACCUUACAAGUGUCCCUUCGAGGGCUGCAAUCUAACGUUUUACGGCAAGAAUUACUGGUCCCGUCAUAUCAAACGAAUGCACGGUAACAACGGUGGAGUUCACACCAACGACUGCGAUAUCUGCGGAAAAACCAUCCGAGGAUCGCUGGGCGUCCUCCGGGAGCACCAAGCUCGACACGCGCUUACCGACAAAAACGUGGUCUGCAACGUUUGUGGCCAGAGGUUCUGGCUAGCGAAACACCUCAAGCAACACAUGAUUAUUCAUACCGAUUUGUUUCCAUACGAGUGCCAGUAUUGCGGCAAGAAAUUCAAACAUAAGGCCAGCAAGGAUACGCACGAGAAGAAUGUUCAUGAGAAAAAGAAUAAUUUUGGUAGCGUUGCUACUUUUAGCAGCAGCGAAUAUCCACAAAUGAUUCCACCAACAGGUGAAUUUGAAUGAAGUACCUAGAUAAUUAAUUUUUAAAUUAUCAAAAUCAUAAAAAAGUUUGUUCAAAUUACGUUUC